AUGAAAGCGGUGCCAACAAUUGUGAGGAACCUUGGAACAAUCAAUUCAUCUGCAAGCAUAGGCUUUUCUUCUGUACCUGAUCAGGUAAGAGAACGAUCAAUCGCCAAUGGAUUUGAGCUGAACAUCCUAGUUGCCGGGAGGCGUGCGUUGGGAACCUCCACGCUGAUCAACUCCAUAUUUGCUGCUCCUUUGGUUGAUAAAAACAGGCCAAACACAAUAACAAUCACAAAAAAUGAAAUCAUAGAAAACAACAUCUCGCUCGACGUAUCUAUAGUCACGUACCACGAGCUUGACAUAUCACCUGUUAUUGAAUACAUUGAUGCAAUGAACAAGGAGUACUUUGAAAACGAACAAGGCCCGUAUAAGACAUUCAAGGACAACAGAAUACAUGCAUGCCUGUACGUACUUCCAUCAGACUCACUAUCAGUACAUGAAAUAAACAACAUGCAUGCUCUCUCACAAAAAUGCAACCUUGUACCUGUAAUACCAAAGGCAGACAUGUACACGUCCCAGGAGCUCAUGCAGGUCAAGCAAAACGUAAAGCAGCUUCUAUUCGAAGCCAACAUUCAUUUGUUUGUUCCAUACGUAAGUGAGAAUGAUGGAGACCUGGCCACUGAGCUCAUGGAUAUAAUUGAAAACAUGCCAUUCGCAGUGAUUGCCAGUGAAACCCUGUAUGAGCAAGACGGAGACAUCAUCCGAGGAAGAAAGUAUCCAUGGGGGUUCAUUAACAUAGAUUCAGAAGACUGUAACGACUUCAAGAGGCUCCAAAGACUGCUUAUUUACACUAAUCUAGACGAGUUGGUCACACGAACAAAUCACACAUUUUACAAUAGCUACAGAGCAAAAGUAUUCGACUUAGAAAAUAGCUGUGGUGCAAUGAAAGAAGCAAGAUAUCUUAAGCUGCGUAAGGAAAUGAUAAAAAUUCUUAAUGAAAAGUACGAGGCCAAAAUAAACGCACUUAAAGAGGAAGAGGCAGAAAUGGACAGGCUCUUUAACAACCAAGUAAACGAAUCAAGUGGUUUGCAUGAAAUGCGAGACCAAAUUGAAAAGUCACUUCGAGUAGAAUAG